AUGCAUAGUAAUUCAGAGGAAUUUGACUCGGAUUUACAAAAUGAUAGGGAAUCUAGUAGUACUAAUCAUUUGACUACACAGUCUAGUAAAAAUAACUAUGAUAAUAAUGAGAUUAGUGACGAAGAAAGUGCCAAUUCAUUCAUUGGUGGGUCAAAUGUUUCCCAUUCAAAGAAGAAUAGUAUAGUUACCGAGGAUAUACCCACAAAUAAGAAUUUUAAAAGCAAAAUUAAUGAAAAUAAAAGGAGAAAAUCCAUAUAUGAAGAAAGCAGCGAUAGUGAGGACAUUCUUAGUAAGGAAAAUGUAAGUGAUGUAAAACAUGGUAUUGGUACUUCAAAACAGCAACAACAGGAGGAUGAGGAGGAUGAAGACGAACGUGGGGAGAAAAACCAUAGACAUAAAAUUUUUACGUUUACUGUUCCAUUUGGUGGUACCAGCACUGAUAAAAAUUACACAAAAAGUGAAGCAAAUAUUAUUGAUGUAAAGUCUAAAAAUAAUGCCAUGGUAAGAAAGCUUAAUGAAAAAUUGCCGACCCCAACAUCGUCAUCUUCAUUAGGUCCAGUACACAUUCCAUCAAAACACGAGAUCAAAUUGAAAUUAAAAAAACAACAGUCAAUAUCAAGUUUAGAAGAACGUAUAUUGUUUGCCAACCAAAAGGGCUUAGAGAAUGAUCGGUUUAGAGCAUUUAAAAAGUUUUUAAAACCAGAAAGGGUAAUAUCUACGGUUCAAGAACUAGAAAAUGUAAAGCUCUCGUCUGUUUUGAAUAGUUUGGAGUUCGACAAUCAUGAGGUGAGUAAAUCAAGUAAUAAAGACAUCAGUAGUGGCAAUACGGAGAAUCAUAGUAAUGAAGGAUAUGACAUGCAUAGAGUACGUAGAUUUUUAAAGCACGAAUUAUCUGGGGACGUAAUUAUUUUGGGUGGAUAUCGUGGUAGCACUUUAAGAGAGGCAAAGGAUAAUAAUAGAAUAUGGAUUCCCUUAAAAGCUGGUAUUAAAAUUAAAAAGGUUAAUUUAAUAAUUGGACCGCAAGAUUCAGAUGAAAUUAAAACGCAAAAACAAAUUAAACCAGAUGGAAUGCUAACACAUGUGGGUCCCAUUGACAUUGCUAAAAGACUGAUAAAUAAAUUAAGCAAAAAUCCUAAAGUUAACAUUCGAGAUUUUGGGUAUGAUUGGCGAUUAUCAUUGGAUAUAACUUCAGAAGAGUUGCACGAUUUUAUCUUGAAAAUUCAGGAAAAAAGGAACGGUAAAGAAAGUAAAGGUAAAGGGGUUUUCAUAAUUGCACAUUCUAUGGGGGGUUUAUUAGCGCACUAUGUUUUACAAAAAUACACAAAUUUAAUUAGAGGUAUAAUAUACGUGGGGUGUCCAAGUCAAUGUCCAGAUAUACUGGGACCGCUGAGGUUUGGGGAUCAAGUUUUAUGGAACACCUCUAUAUUAAGUGCAGAGGCAAAUUUCUUUAUGAGAAGUAGUUUUUAUUUUUUACCGCAAGAUGGAAGAUGCUUUGUUAAUGAAGAUACGUUUGAAAGAUACGAUUUAGAUUUUUUUGACCCAGAGACAUGGUGUAAAUAUGGAUUAUCGCCUCUGGUGGAUAAAAAUAGGAGAAAGUUUGAUAUAAGGCAAAAAAAGAGAAAAUCAAGAAUAAUUCUAACAGACUUGGUAGAAAAGUUAAUAUUAUCGGAUGAUGAGCGGGAAGAGGAAAAAAGAAGAGGUGAGAAAGUGAAAAAUACUUCAUCAGACAAGGAGGAGGAGGAAGGAGAAGAGGAGGGUAGUUGUUUCCACACGUCUUAUGAAGAUUGUGUUGAUUAUUUAAAAAGAGUGUUGCCUAGGGUGAACGAAUUUUUAAAUUUUUUGAAUUAUAUUCCUAAUAAGAAAUAUCCUCCAUUGGCAAUAGUGUAUGGUAACACGGUACCUACAGUUCGUGGAGCAAAGUUUAAAAACAAAAAUGAUAUUAAGUUAGGUGACUAUAGUAAGUUUUAUUACGGUCCAGGGGAUGGAGUUGUUCAUCAUAAAUGGUUAUUACCUGAACAUAGGGGAUUUCCAUUAGCAGCUAAAAUACAAUCGCCUGAAGGCCAUGUUAGCUUAAUGACAGAUCACGAUGCAAUAGCAAAAGCAUUUAUUUCGAUAGUUGAUAAUGAAUAA